AUGGCCAAUCUCGAUGCCUUCGAGAUCCGCGACCGCGGCUCCGCCUUUGUCGCGAACGUCUACCCCGCCUCGACCCCCGACGCCGCGCGCCGCGCCCAAAUCCACCUGAAGCACGUCGCGCACACAACCCGGCCCGCGUCGCACGAGAUCGCGGCGUGGCGCUGCAUGGUCCUCCAGCGCGGCAAGACCGGGCUCGGAGGGCCGGACGACUUUGAGCUCGUCGCGGGCUCGGAUGACGACGGCGAGAAGUACGCGGGCGGCAGGGUGCUCAAGGUGAUGCAGGCGGAGGGCGUCAUCGACGCCGUCGUCGUCGUCAGUCGGUGGUUCGGCGGCGAGAUGUUAGGCCCCGCGCGUUUCGACCACGUCGAGACCUGCGCGCGCGAAGUCUGUCGCACUUUCCGUCUGAAGGACGACAUGGCGACGGCCGUCUCGACUCUCAAGUCUCUGGACGACGUCCUGGCUUCUCUCCGAAAGCAGCUCGCUCCGCUGCAAACCCGCCCCGAAAAGGCCGACGGGACAUCCACGCUCGCACCGAAGAAAGCUGCAGACCCGUAUUCGGCGCUCGAGACGUCGCUCGACAUCGCGAAAGCGAAACGCCUCAUCACUGCGCGCGAGAACUCGAUCAGAAGCGUCAAGCUUGCACUCAAGAAGGCUCGCGCGUCCGCGCUCGACUCAGAUGCAGCUGCUCAGAGCACCCAGCCUCAAACUGAAGCCUAA